UUUUCAGUCACAUUUUUUUCCGAAACAUCCUUUGCUGAAAGAAACACCGCAACAUCCACACCCAUUGGAAUACCAUCCUAUCAAACACUUAUAAAUUCACCAUGGCCAUCUGUAAGUCCUCUUCAUGGUCUACCCCCCGAAGAAGAACCCAACGACUACGAAGUGUGGUCUGCCAUCGUUUCAUCCAUGCAACGCUGGGAACAAAUGAAGAAGAACAAGAAAGCGCACAAAUCACAUGUCCACAAAAGGUCCGAAGAAGUCGUUUGUUAUCGAGGUUUUGGCUGUUUCCGAGAUGAAGGAGCUUUUGAUUAUUUGGAUACUUUGCCUGCGUCACCAGAAUCCAUCGGUACUAAAUUCAUUCUCUAUACCAAUAAAAGCCGCAUGAAUGGUGAACUCUUGUGGUACGAUAAUAGCUCAUCAUUGUAUUAUUCUCAUUUUAAUGGAAGCAACCCGGUGAAGAUAAUCAUCCACGGAUUCGGAAGCAGUGGAAGAAGAAUGUGGGUUCUUCAAAUGGCAGAGGCUCUUCUAGCAAUGGAAGAUGUGAACGUCAUUGUGGUAGAUUGGGAAAAAGGUUCGUCUUUGCCUAAUUAUGUCCAAGCUGCUGCAAAUACUCAGCUUGUGGGGAAACAGCUAGCAGCUCUGAUUCGUAUGAUUAAUUAUGAACGAGGGCUCUCAAAUCAAGACUAUCACCUCAUUGGAUUUUCUCUUGGAGCUCAUGUGGCUGGUUUUACUGGAAUGGAAUGCAGAAAUAUUAGUCGCAUCACAGGAUUAGAUCCAGCUUCUCCUCUUUUCGAAGGGUAUGAUCCGAAAAUCAAACUAGAUCCUAGUGAUGCAACUUUUGUUGAUGUCAUUCAUUCGAAUGGGAAUAGCAUCAUGAAGGGUGGUCUCGGAAUGUUCGAACCUUCUGGGCAUGCUGACUUCUAUCCCAAUGGAGGAAGGGUUCAGAUUGGUUGCAACAACGUCUUUAUCGGGGCUGUAACUGACAUUAUUUAUGGAAAAUGGCAAAGUUUGUGCAAUCAUCGUAGGGCUUUUCGUUUCUUCAUUGAUUCUAUUGUACCCAGCUGCAAAUUCCCUGCUUUUCCAUGUGACAGCUACGAAAACUUCCUUGCUGGAAAAUGUUUUAAAUGUGGAACACAAGGAUGUGUAAACAUGGGCUAUUACGCAGAUAGGUAUCAACACGCACGAGGAAAAUACUAUUUAGUCACCAGAGACACUGAACCAUUUUGCGCAAAUCAGUACAGAAUAUCUAUAUCAAGUACUAGAGGACAAGGAACAACAUGGGGUAAAUUGGAAUUGUCAUUUUUGGGAGAUGAUAAUAGUAAUGAAACUUUUGUCCUUACCAGUGAGAGUCAAGAAAUCAGUGACAAACAAGACAUACAAGGUCUAAUUGUUGCAGAUCCAAGUGUUCGAAAUGUCACUGCUCUGAUCAUCAAGUACACGAAAUACAGAGGAUGGAUAUAUACUGGAUUGGAUCGUUGGGAUAUAGACAAAAUUCUCAUACAUAACAGCAACGGAAAUACUAUGAGUUUUUGUGGUCAUGCAAUUCCAAUCCUGAACAAUGAACCAAAAUUUCUUCCUCUUUUGCGUGGUGAUUGCCAAGCAGAACCAACCAGCCAAAGAUUGGCGCGACUCAUAUGGCAAGUUGUUGGCGAACCGGUGGCAGGUAGAGACCCUCGUCCACCAAAACUUCUAUGGAAAAUCAUGGUAGACGACAACGCCAAAUAUCAUUGGCCUAAUUCGUGACAGUGGAACAUUUGGUAAAGAAAAAAAUCCAGAAAUUACAGCUAAUAUUUUACAAACCUAAGACCUGAGUAUGCGUGAUCAUGGACAUUUGUGAUUUACCUUAUUAAUAAUACCAGCUUUGUUAUUUAAUUCUCAUUAUUCUUUUAUUUAGAUGUAUCUAAAGCUUGUCAUUUUUUUUUUGUAUUUUUCAUUCUGCUAACACAUAUGUUUUUUUUUCAUUUGAAAUAAGAGAAUUUCAGUACAAAUGUUCAUAACAAGUGGUAUUCAUAGCAUUUCAUAUCAAGUUUUGUUGUAUAAUCUGGAGGAAAAAAUGGCACACUUUUUACAAGCUUAUAGCUUUGAUCAUUCUAAAAAUCUUAUUGCCUUCACCUACGCGCGUCUUUUAUUGUUGUUCUGGUGGGUUAAACAUAAAUGUUAAAAAUUUGGGUGCAGGUGAUAAGUUUUGAAACUGAAAUGUACGUCAGAAUGACGUGUAAAAAAAGUGUAAUGACUUCUUUUAUCUAACGUUAUUUUCACUAGUUAUUCAAUGGCGGAAUUGUUGGUGUGGCGCUAGAAUCGGUCCAAAACUAGCUUUAGUUUUGCUGUUGCUUUAAACUGGAGAACUUUUUAUGCUUUAAAAUUGUUACAACUUGCUUUGUUAUUUAUAAAAAUGUAAGAUCAUCGGAUAUUGGGGAUAAUUUUCAAAACUUAAAUGUUCAUCAGAAUGACUCCAAAUCUAUAAAAGAAUUGUAACGACUUUAUUUAUCUGACAACAUUCUAAUGAACUCUUCAAUGGUUAAAUUGUUGGUUUGGUGCUAGAAUUGUUCCAAAAGUUCACUGAAAGAAGUUAUUAUAAUUGGGUAUCUUCAAGUGACGUCAGGAUUUUGUGUCGAAACUGAUAGGCUGAUGCACCAGGGCUUAAAUGAUUCAGCAGCCAAUCAGUUUUAACACCCACGAUUGACGUCACUUGCAAGCGCCAAAUUAAAAUUGAUUUUGUGUGGUGAUAAACCAAAUCUGAUAGUUGUAACGUAAAUACGCCAUCUUGUUUUUACACAACCAAUUGGCUGGAGCUGCAUAUACCCAAUUGUAUGAAAACAACUAUGACUUAAAAGACCUGCGUGAAUCGUCGUGACUUACUCUCAGAAGUAUCUUUAAUAACUGCAAUUAAAAAAUAAAUAAGUUAAUGAAUAAAAAAGUAAAGAAAUAAGUUAGGCAAAAUAAAUAAUAAAAAAUAUUAAAUAAUCUAGAACUAUUAAAUUUUAUCAAUAAAAUCUCAAUGUCAAAAUGUGGAAAUAUUUUUCUUUUUCAGUAAAUGACUGCUGUAUUCAGCAGUUAAUGUGUUACAUUUCAUAGAUAUUCAUUCGUUAUUAUAGAGAUUUUGCUUAGCGUUACGUUUCCCCGUAAUUCAAAUGCUAACGCUAUUUGAGCUUCACUGCGCAUGAGUGAAAAUUUUCCGACAAAUCACAGUGUUUCUAAGGGGUAUAAAUAAAGUUAGCAUUUAUAUUAACGUAAGACAAACGCUAUGCAAAAUCUCUUGAUUAUUAUGUUAGGAGCUGGCUUCUUUCUCUAGUCUUUAUUCAUAUACAUGACAUUUUAUAAAUGUAAAUUGGACUUCGGAAGAUUUCUAUUUAAAAACAUAAAUUAUGUUUCAUGAAAUGUUAUGCCUUUGUUUUAAAUUAAUGUAUGGUUUCUAAGAGAGCUUGAAUAAGUUUUUA